AGAGAAUGCUAUGGAGCUGGGUUAUUACCUUUUCACAUCUUUUGUGAUGAGCGGGCUAUUCCAGAGGCGCAACGCUGUUCAGUGGCAGAUACUCGGACCAUUCUCACUUUCAUAACAAGUUGCACCAGCUCUUAUGCAGGAGGAACUCUGGCUAAUUAUGUUUACACCAUUUGGGCAUGGCACACAUUUUAUAUGAACAGCCUUGGAGUGUCGAGC